GAUGAAAACUCACGAAAACGUAGCAUGAGUCGUGUGUGUACCGCUAGCUUUGAGAGAGAGUCCUGAAAGAGUUUCGCAGAAAGCUCACUAGAAUGACUGCAGUUCCGGUGGGCUGGUAAAAUAAAGGUAUGGACGUUGACGAAGUAUUCACCGGAGCGCGUGCCCUAAAACCUUCCUAGUGAAACGUGGGUGCCAGAAAGAUAUCCUUUUUGCUUUCUCUGCGUUGAAUGGGUGUUUUAUUAGCAACCCACGGGUUUGUGUCUGAAUGAUCCCACACGAGAAAAGCAUUCGGAGCUUCAGGGUCUGUAGCUUCCCGUUUCUGUCCCGAGACGCUGCGUGCUAAGGGCCUUCAGUCGUGAUUAAGGUGGAAGAUAUUUGAGCAGGCAGUGGUUUUGUAGGGCAGUCUCUGGUUGUGGACCUGCAGUCAUCGCGUGAGGUCGCAGCUCAAAUCGAUUUUACUCUCCCCCAGACAUCGUUCGCCAUGGCUCUCGUCAGCCGAUCUCUCGUCACUCCGAGGGUGGAGUCUCUCUCUUCCAUUCACAGUGGCACCAACAAAACCCCCUCAUUGAAAAGGAACAAGCAUAUCGGCGCCACACUCACCAACGGGGGCAUUAACGCCAGCAUCGCCAAGGCUGUGCAGGCUGUGGAGUCACUGAAGGCGAAUGUAACCAAAGAAGAAUUGCCAGGAACCAAGGGCUGGACGCCAACCAGCUGGAGGAACAAGGUGGCGUUGCAGCAACCGAAUUAUCCCGACGCUGAGAAGCUUGCAGAAGUGGAGAAGGUCCUUAGGGACUAUCCCCCGCUCGUUUUCGCCGGCGAGGCUCGCAGCUUAGAAGAACGCCUCGGAGAAGCAGCACUCGGCAACGCUUUCCUCCUUCAAGGUGGAGACUGCGCCGAGAGUUUCAAGGAAUUCAACGCGAACAACAUUAGAGACACAUUCCGGGUGCUCUUGCAAAUGGGCGCCGUACUCAUGUUCGGCGGACAGAUGCCAGUUGUGAAGGUGGGCAGAAUGGCGGGCCAGUUCGCCAAACCUCGGUCCGCAGACACAGAAAAUGUGAAUGGAGUGGAGCUGCCUAGUUACAGAGGAGACAACAUCAACGCGGAUCUGCCUACGCUGGAGGCCCGCAUUCCUGACCCAGAUCGCAUGGUAAGAGCAUACAGCCAGGCAGCCGCGACACUCAACCUGUUGAGAGCCUUUGCCACAGGAGGGUUCGCAGCCAUGCAGCGCGUCACACAUUGGAACCUCGAUUUUGCAGCCGACAGCGAGCAGGGCGACUGGUACCGGGAGCUCGCGCACCGCGUGGAUGAAGCUCUCGGCUUCAUGGCCGCCUGCGGCCUUACGCUUGAUCACCCCGUCAUGACAUCCACCCAGUUUUGGACCUCGCACGAGUGUCUCUUGCUACCUUACGAGCAAGCGCUGACGCGAGAAGAUUCAACCUCUGGGCUAUGGUACGACUGCUCCGCGCAUAUGCUUUGGAUUGGUGAGCGAACCCGUCAGCUAGACGGCGCCCACAUCGAGUUUCUGCGUGGCGUUGCUAACCCCUUAGGUGUCAAAGUCAGCGACAAAAUGAAACCUGAAGACCUCGUAACGCUUUGCAACAUCCUGAACCCCGAGAACAAGCCCGGCAGGCUCACAGUGAUCGUGCGCAUGGGCGCGACCAAGCUCAGGGAGAAAUUCCCAGCACUUGUGCGCGCGAUUCGCCAAGCUGGAUGCAUCGUCACCUGGGUGAUCGACCCGAUGCACGGGAACACUGUCAAAGCGCCCUCGGGGUUGAAAACCCGCCCAUUCGACGCAAUUCUGGAUGAAGUAAAGGCAUUCUUCGACGUCCACGAACAAGAAGGAACCCACGCCGGCGGGGUCCACCUAGAGAUGACAGGACAAGACGUAACGGAAUGCGUCGGCGGAGGGAACAACUUAACCUACGACGACCUGAGCUCGCGCUACCACACGCACUGCGACCCACGCCUGAACGCUUCCCAAGCACUAGAGCUCUCCUUCAUCAUCGCCGAGCGGCUUCGCAGACGGCGACUUGCAGGCUCCGGCAACACAUUCCUGCAAAGCAUCACAUCCCAGCUCGGUACCCGAUUCUAGACAUCGAUCUGCCAGAUCUGGGGUCUAUCCUCUGAGCUCCGAAGUGAGGGAAUCCAGUUGCGGCAACAAGAGACUGAGCAUUAUUUUGCACCACCUGCUGUGCACACAAUCCAUCGCCGCAGCAGCUACGGCGUGGCAACAUGAGGCCCCAUUGUUAUUAUUUUUGCUGGUUUUUAUUAGGGUUUGAGUUCGUCCCUACGCAGUUAAAGUUGCGUUAUAAUUUUUUUAUUUUUUUAAUUUAGUCAGUUUGUGAAGGCGCGUAGGAUCUUACCUUAGCUUGUAAUUACAAAACUGAGAGCUUUCGAGGCUUUUGUGGGUGCUGCACCUUUUUUUAUUUCUCUUAGAACAACUUUUUGAGAAUAAUACAUUGAAUACACAUUGAUUCAGUUUCGGUACAAA